AUGACUGACACAACUCGACAAGCCGAUGCGCUCUUAACAGACCAUUUCACAUACACCCCCCUUUCCCUCAUCGACGACAUAAUCAACGCCGUGAACACCAUCGUCUACCAAGCCCUCGACGCCCUCGAAGACGGCCUCCUCAAAGUGCCCCCCGCCCAACUCGGCUUCAAACCCACACCCACGUCCCAAACCCCCUCUGCCGCCGACGCAGCAAAAGACGAGAUCGAAAAUGGAGUGCACCAAUUGGAAACACUGCUCGAAAGCACCGUGGACAAGGACUUCGAUAAAUUCGAGCUGUUUACGUUGAGGAACAGCUUGAGCGUGCCGGAGGAUUUGGGGGGGUAUAUGAGGUUGAGACAUUAUGAGGACCUUCCCCUUCCCCUCCCCACCAACACACUCACGCCUGAAUCCAUCACCUCCCUGCACCGCCAGGUCCAAGAGACGAAGAAAUUGAAUCUUGCGCUGAAAGCGAAGCAUGCGCGCAAUGGGGCUAUGAUCGCCCAAUUACAAUCCCUCCUUUCUCCUCCACCACCUCCUCCCUCUGCAUCCCAAACUCUCGCUGGAGACAGCAAGGCGCCUGCGCACUCCCUCGCUUUUAUUACUCAAGGGUCUCAAAACCCCAGCGGACGGGAAGGAGGGAUGACGACACAAGCGCAAUUCGCCACCUCGCAACUUCCCGCCCUUCGCGAGCUUGUCGCUAAAUUGAGGCCGGAAAUUGAGAAGCUUAGUAGACUUGGUGAGGAUGGGGAGGAUGGGAAGAAAGAGGAACGGAGACGAUAUAUUGAGAGUGGAGUUAGGCGGGUUGUGGGGAAGAGUGGUGUCGGCGGUGGGGGUGGGGUUGGGGAGGGGGAUUUAGGAGGAAGGGGUAUGGUUGGAGAAAGGAGGGGACGGGAGGAGGUGGAGGGGUUGGAGGGGUUGGUUAGAGGUGUUAGAGGGGAAGGGGGUGGGAGUGCUGGGGAGAGGGAGGAUGAUAGGAUGGAGAUUUAG